AAAUUGAGAAGUUGCUAUAAAAAGCCUUGAGGAUAACUCCAAACUUCAGAUUCCACCGUUCUAUUGAGCUGCAGACAAGUUUUUAAAGUUAGAAGAAAUUGAUAUUCAUUACUCUUCAAGGAAAAGAAAUUUCCUGACAAAAGAAAAUGAAUAAGUCAGCAAGUUUGAUUACUUGUGGUCUGUUGGUGUUUCUUGCUUUGCAUUUCGUCGUUGGUUCCCGCAAGGUUUGUGGCAUAUUUAUAUAUUCAAAAACGCAGUAACGCUAUUUUUUAUGUUUUUAAAUAUUUAUACGUGGUUUCUGCAUUUUUUCGUUCGUGAACUACAGGAAAAGGAUGCCAAAUUUAAAGUCCGCAUAAACGAAAAUGGAACGCGUUUUAGUGAAAAGGUAAAAAUCAAUGAAAAAGAAAACACUGUGCGUUUUGUGGUACCAAAACACAAUGAUUUUGAUCGCUCUGAAGUGCUGAACGAAUUCAAUCUGGUAAGCAAACAAAUUAAUGUGCAUGCUCUGCAUGUGUGCUGUGUUUAAUAUUUUCUCUUUGCAAUAGUGAAAGAUAUAAAAUCUGUAAUUUGUAAAGUUUACUGUGCUAUAAUUUUUUACAGAACUUAACAAUCACUCGCUUACCUGAUGUGGGGGUAUGUUACAUCAAACCUCUGGACAAAAGCCUACCAAGCCCCAGAAAAAUGAAAUCUGACAUGAAAUACGUAAGUAAAAUUAAUUUUCUUGGUGUUGAAAAACACUUGUGCAUGACUGUAUAAUUGUGGUGAAUGGCAAAUGCCUAAAUACGGCCAUUUUUUUCCACAAUAUUAAUUAAGUAACUGCGCUGCAUGGUUCAUUUUGCUACAGUAUCAAGAAUCCGUCGCUAUUCAAAGACAAACCUGAACAAGGAAUUAAGGCUUCUAAACAACUAAUCAUAUAGGCUAUUGAAUUAAGUCAUUAACAUUCAACCUAAUGUAUCAUAUUUUUUCACAUAAAUACUGCUAUACCGAUGUAUAACCUACAAUCAUGGCCAAAGGAGUUAAUAUAAAAUCGAUAGACAUUUUAGGAAAAUACAAUCAAAUUACUUCAUACAGCCCCCCCCCCCUCCCCCACCCAAUGUUGCCAUGAUUUACCUCUUACUUUAAACGUAGUUCAACAACAUUGUGUUGGGGGAAGGGGGGAUGUUUUAGACAAAAUACAGGAAUUAAACUACAAUUUAAACUCUCACAGAGAUAAAUUAAAAUUUAUUAACAAGUUAUGUCCGCGAUUGUAGUUUAUCCUGCAUGAUGGUGACUGAAAUAUAUUCCUUAAUGAAUACAAGAAUGUUCUCGAUUUUUAUUUUAUCUUUUUUAAAAUACUCAAAAAAUGUGCUAAUGAGAAUUUGCAAUAUUUUAAUAACUAUAUUCAAGCGUGACUGUAUUGGCAUACUUUAAACAGCAAAAGGAUGAUUCUAUAUAAUUAUUUAAUUUAGGUGAAACGUAUGCGAACUCAAAUUUCAAAACCGGAAACAGUGGUGACCACCUCUGAAUGGACCCCUGAUAAAAAACUGGAACCUAAACAGUUACAUCCUACAGUAGUCAAAUUUUGUGCUGGUCUUCCUGUUUACCGUUUGAAAGAGAUUACUAAAGACAACUGGGAAAUUGAAGAGAACAAAAAAUCUGACAACGGUAUAUUAUACAUGCACAUGCAUCAUAAUAAUAUCAAAAGAGGGGUUAAAUCUUUUCUUUCAUGCGGUCAAACCAGGGCAUGCAUUUUUUAACUAUAUGGGGAAUUUGCCCCAAUAGACCCUUUGCUUGCCCCAGUAGUGAAGUAUGGGAAUACUAAUUAGCGUAUGAAAUUAAUAUGCAAUAUUUCACACCUAAUAAGACACGACCUGCAAGUUUAUGAAACGGCUUCAAACACGACUACAAACUCAAUAGAUAUACUGCCUUAUUAGUAUUCUUUAUAUAAAGAAUGCUAAUUAGGAGUGUUUUAUCAAGUUUAAAACCACUACACGUGACAUAUUAUGAUUACAUGAUUUUCCAAUCAAGCUCAUGAAUUAUUAGUGAAUGUUUGAAUUGCUUUUAAACUUUGCCAUUUAUAAAGAACACCUUUAUAUGAAUGAUAAUGGCUUAAGGCAAAAAUUAUAAAGAUUGCAGAAACAUUGCCAUUGGGCAUUUCUCUUAGUUUUCAUCAUUUCGAAAAUCAUAGACAAAAUCCAGAACCUUUUUUAAUAUACAAGCUCCUUUCUUGCCCCCCCCCCCCUCUUACGGAUCACAUUUUGCCCUUCCCCCAGGAAGACGGACAUUUCGGUCGCUAAUUAAUAUUUCUUUUCCCCAAAUUGUUGAAAAAAAUGUUCGGACAUACCAUUUUUCACUAUGUAACUUACCGAAUUUUGUACAAUUUUUCAGUAGUAUUUUUGUACUAUGAUUUUCAGUAAUUUUUUGCUGAAUUACAUUUUUUAAUAAUAGUUUUGUUUGUUCGAACACCACAUAAAUUUAUUACUGCAAAGCUUUCGAUCCGUAAGCCCGGAUCUUCAUCAGUGCUAAUAAUUCUGCAUGUAAUUUAUGUACAUAUUUUUGGCCCGACGAACGUGUCGUUAAAAUUGCCCGACAAAAUUGCAAUAUUACAACAUUGGAGUGUCGCCCCCACCUUCCCCAGGUGCUACACCCCUGGCUAAAGUAAAUAAAGAUGAUUAGUUUAUCACAUAUAAAACCACCAACGCGGGGCAGUAAUUUCUUUUCUAUUUCCCUUAUAAAUUAUUGAGUUUUUUAAAAUAUUUAUAUAAAUACAAAAAAGUUGUAGAUAGGAAUUUUUCCUUACAAUUUAUAUUAUGAAUUAUAUCUAUCAAAACCAUUGUAUACUUAUUUUGCCGUUUUAAACUGUAGAUACGACAACUAGAACUAAACGUCGAUCGUAUUAUGACGUGUGCGGCAAUCAACAGAAUAGAGUUCUACCAUGUCCUGAUAAUACUUGGCGGUUGAUAUGCUAUUAUGCCAAUGUGGGACGAAGUUGCGUGUACUGGGUUAAGUGUCGUCAUCCGGGCUAUGGGUAUUCUACAAGUGUAAGUGUAAAUUCAAGAUGUACUUUCCAUCAUAACCGAAGUUCAACAAGAUGCUGCAAAUUCGCGUGCCCGUGGUGGUAUGGGUAAAAGAUGUCGUAGACAGUAGAAAAACGCGAUUACUCAGAUUUAGUAAUUGACAUCGUAGUUUUAGAAUAGUAUACUUGCGAUGUAGCUCAAAACCGAAAUAAAGAUUAAGCAAACGAAUUGGAA